AUGAAAUCAGUAAGAAAUAACAAGACGUACAGGCGUUUAUAUGAGAAGUAUUCGAAUAGUGUUAAUCAAAAUUAUAAUCUCUCUCUUAUAUCUGAUCAGUUGUUCUUUCUCUCAUUUGCACAAUCUCUUUGUGGACAACAUAGUGGAACUUCUCUUUUAAUACAUUCAAUAGUUGUUCCACAUGUAAUGGAAAGAUACAGAGUAUUCAGGGCGUUGGUUAAUAGCAAAGAAUUCGCACAUGCAUAUGGAUGUCCAGUUGGUUCACCAAUGAAUCCUGAUACAAAAUGCGAUAUAUGGUGA